AUGGCCGGAAAAACUUGCGUAAAAAGUCUCGAGAAUGUAAAAGUAGGACUUGGUGCCAGAGAAAUCGAGAACGGUACCGAUCUUUAUGCUUACUUAUUUGACACCCAUCCAGAAUUUCGCAAAUAUUUUAAAGGACAUGAAAAUUUCACUGGUGCUGACGUAAAAAAAAGUGACCAUUUUAAAAAACAAGGUCAAACCCUUUUGUUGGCUUGCCACUGUGUUGCCUCACUUCAUGAAGAUCCCGCAACAUUCAAAGCUUAUUGCCGUGAAAUAAUUGACCGUCACGUCAAGGCCAAUGUUCACCUCGAUCCUUCACUCUGGAGUGCAUUUUGGCCGAUUUUCGUCGAUUAUCUCGCCAGAAAGACUUCGAUCGAUGAAAAUGCUAAGAAAGCAUGGCUGGAUGUUGGUAAAGCAUUUGCUGAGGAAUGCUUGAGCCAUUUAAAAACGCUAGGCUUGCCACAUUAG